CCUCGUCCUUCACAUGACGAUAGUCGUAAAAUCGGUUACUAUAGUACAUGCACUCACCCACAAGAAGUAACAGGCAUGUUAGCUUAUGACCAAUAGGUUCAAGUGGACCAGACUGGUGGGAAUACGGUAGCUCAACAAGGUAACAUAACCCACUGCAACCUUAAGCGCCAAUCCUUCGAUGGCCAUCCAUACCCACGUAUCGGCCCCAUAGAGUUAUGAUCUAUCCAUCGGCUGCAUUUUACUAUACUAUGCACGAGAUAAACAUGCUUAUCCUAUCCGUUAUUGGAUGCUCGAUAGGAUGCGGGUUAUUAUAUCGCUGUCCGUAUGAGUUAAGCUAAGACUAACCGUCGGCGUUCAAAAUUGAGGCGGUAACCCUACUAUCUACCUCUAGGUAGGACUAGGUAUUUAGCUUCUAUAUAUCUUCUUCUAUUUCUUCUUAGUUAACUCCCUUAUACUAUAACCAACACAUCUCAACUUCGUAAAAUCCUACGAUAGUUCACACUUAUUCGUUUCUCUCGUCUUGUACCUCAAGAGGAGAUCACCAAAGCUCCUACUUUGAUUUCAACCUUCACAGGUUCUUAGGUCCUUGGGGAUUCACUUAUGGCUGUCACCUCCUCCAAGACUCCCCUCGUGCCUAAGAAGGCCGAGGAGAAGAACCCUGACCCCUUCGCCGACCUCCCGCCGUACGAGGACCCGAAGACGGGUUUCUUGUCAUGGCUUCCGCGCGCGUGGAUCCCUUACGCCCAGCUCAUGCGUAUUGACCGGCCCGCCGGUCUAUACGCCUUCUACUUCCCGUAUCUGAUCGGGCUCGCGUACGCCGCCUGCAUCGCUCCCACUGCCCCCAACCCUCUGGAGGUAUUGAAGGUCGCGGCGAUUUACCUGCCCAUGAACAUCCUCCUGCGCGGCGCCGCUUGCUCCUGGAACGACACCGUCGACCAGGAGUUUGACAGGCAAGUCGAGCGCUGCCGCCACCGGCCCGUGGCGCGGGGCGCGGUGUCCACGACCGCGGCGCACAUCUUCACCGCGUCGCUGGUCGCCGCCAUCUACCCGAUCCUGACGUUCUUUCCCGAGGGGUGCAAGCUGCACAUGGGGAUCAGCGUGGUGCUCUUCUUCAUCUACGCGCUGAUGAAGCGCGUGACGUACUACCCGCAGGUGUUCCUCGGGUUCCCGUUCGCGUGGGCGAUAUUCUUCUGCGCGGCGACGCUGGGCGUGGACCCGUUCGGCGCGUACGCGCUGCCGACGUCGGCGCUGUUCGCGGCGAACGUGCUGUGGACCAUCAUCUACGACACCAUCUACGCACACCAGGACGUCAAGGACGACGAGAAGGCCGGCGUCAAGAGCAUGGCGCUGCGCUUCCGCAACAACACCAAGCUGCUCUCGACCACCCUCGCCGUCGUCAUGGUCGCCCUGCUCGCCCUGUGCGGCGUGUGGACGGGGAGCGGCGCGCCGUACUACGUCGGCACGGUGGGCGGCGUCGCGGCCGCCAUGACCUGGUACAUCUACAGCGUGGACCUGAGCAGCCCGCAGAGCUGUGGGGCUUGGUUCCACGACCAGUUCUGGAUCGUCGGUGGCGCGCUGAUGGCCGGGUUUACGGCUGAGUAUUUGUGCCGCGUGACGGAUGCUGCAGCGGCUCGGGCAUAAUUACCUAAAUUUACCUGGUAGCUGCAAGGAAGAAAGAAUAUGUAGGACUGCUGACUGCCGAGAG